CGUCCUCCUUUAGUACUGAAGCCGAGCACUUGCACGAGCAGAUACACGACAACAAGACUGGCAAGACACAGACCAUCGUCCACGGUACGCCUCACGAAUCCUCUCAUACCACCACCUUGACCACAAACCCUUACACCGUCGAGACCACUGGUUCGGAAACAAAGACAAAACAAGGAGACUCGAUCACGCUCGACAUUGAACCAUCCCACCAUCCAGCUACCGUCGGCUACGAUACCAGUCAGCUGUGAUCCCACGCCCUCUCGGGUUGAGAAGAAGGAGAAACAACACACCAUGUCAGCCACCAAGCCCCUCACCAUCGCCAUUGGGUGCGACGACGCUGGCUGCGGAUACAAGAACAAGAUCAAGGCAGACUUCGAGAACGACCCUCGUGUGGAGAAGGUCAUUGACGUCGGCGUCAACAGCAGCGACGACAAGACAGCAUAUCCACACCCUGCCGUCGAUGCCUCAAAGCUUGUAGCAGAAGGCAAAGCCGACCGCGCGCUUUUGAUCUGCGGCACCGGUCUCGGCGUCGCUAUCUCAGCCAACAAGGUGCCUGGCAUCCGUGCCGUCACCGCCCAUGACAGCUUCUCAGUAGAGAGAGCGGUCUUGAGUAACAAUGCUCAAGUCCUGUGUAUGGGCGAGAGAGUCGUUGGGGUCGAGGUUGCAAGAAGACUGGCCAAGGAGUGGCUGAGCUACAAGUUCGACGAGACGAGCGCAAGUGCGAAGAAGGUGGACGCCAUCAUGGAGCACGAGAGAAAGAACUACCAGGAUGUGCAGCAUGUUGAGAACAUCUCUCUAGCUAAGGCUGCUUGAUCACUUUAAUUAUGAUAACAUACGACUCACCGAAAGCACAAUUAUCCAUUUCCCCUACAUCUCAUGUUGUCCAGUGCCGCUUGCG